UUGCAUUUAAUGAUGCUGCUGCUCUUGCUGGGACUGCUCACGGGCAGCGCCUGGUCACGUGCCAGGCCUGAAAAUCCACUCGAGAAAUUGGCCGUAGGCGCGCUCAGCGUGGGCACUGGCAUUAUGAGCAGCCUGCAGGAGGGCGCGCUGGCAACGCAACAGAUGAACUUUGAUGGCGGGCUGGUGGCUGUGCGCUCCAAGACGGCAAUGGGCUAUGGCGAUGCGAUGCGACUGGACAGUGGCGAAGAUUCCGACUCAUCCGAGUCGGAUGAAAGGCGGCGGCGGCGGCGCAAUAUCAACAGCACCAGCAGCAGCAGCAGCUACCGCAACAGCAGCCGCAGCUUUAGCUUGCACCGGGCGCUGCAUCGCCUCAAGCGUUCGCCUUGCGGCAUGAAGAUGGGCGCUACCACGGAGUCGGCCGACGAUGUCGAGGCGCGCAAGAAUCGCGCACGAAAGCGCGCCGCCAACAACAAUGCAUCUAGGACGCGCAUCAGCAAAACGAGCACCAAAAAGAAGCUGAUCGAGAGUCGCCGGCGACGACGCCGCCAGGCCACGCAACAGCAGCAGCAGCAGCUGGGCGCCGGCCUGGGCGAACAGGUCAAGGGCCUGUUUCUCGCAUUUAUAGACAACAUGGCCGACAUGGUGCAGCAGGUGCGCCAGCAAGUUAAAGGUGCAACUGCUCAAACCACUGGCGGCAUGUAAACCAUUUAAAUAUAAAUUAAUUAGCUUCCUUUUUUUUUUGAAUAUUAAAAACAUACCAAAUAGAUAUUGAAUUGGCUAAAAUGUCACCAAGAAAUUUCAGCUAUUUCUCAACUUUUUUUGUUGCUAAAAAUACUAAUA